GUGUCUGGGAUUGGCCUGGCAGAGACAAGUGUGCUCCCAGCGCUGGGGAUACCUGCUGGAUCCUGGGGGAUCAACUCAGAGAGGGAUAAACUUGGGAUGUGGAUCCCUAGGCGGGAUCCGUGCUGGCAUGUGGGAUGUGCGUGCUGUUACGUUGGAGCUGCCUUACAGAAGGGUGUCAGGUCAUUUCCUGGCUCUGGAGAUCCCUGCUGGAUCCCUGCUGGAUCCCUGCUCGUGGUCCUGCCCCGCUGGGAUCCGAGGGCUGGCUGGGGGAGCCGCCGCCGCGCCAGGAUGCGGCCAGCCGGGAGGCCGUGCUGCGGGUGCUGGAUGCGGGGCUGGAGCAGUACCUGGCGCUGCACUCGGCCGUGCAGUGCAUCCCCGUGCCCCGCCACAGGAAGCUCUCGGGCAAGGCGGGCAUCGACGAGGUGAUGGCGGCCGCGGUGCUCACCAGCCUCUCCGCCAGCCCGCUGGUGCUCGGGCACCCACCGGCCACUCACACCCCAGAGCUGGGCGGUGAAGUCUGGAAGGAGGCUCCUGCCAUGUCCUCCAGCUGCAGCAGCAGCAGCAACACCAGCGGGGACUGGAGCUGGGACCCCCCCAGCGACCGCUCCACCCCCUCCACCCCCUCACCCCCCCUCUCCAGCCACGUCCCCAGCACCUUCCUGCCCACCCCGCUGCCAGAUGAGGGCCCCGACGAGCCCAACGGCACCCACUUCAUCUUUGGAGAGCCCAUCCCACGGAAGAGGAAGAACUCCACCAAGGUGAUGUUCAAGUGCUUGUGGAAGAGCUGCGGCAAAGUCCUCAGCAGCUCCUCAGGGAUGCAGAAGCACAUCCGAACAGUGCACCUUGGCCGGAAAGCCGACCCCGAGCAGAGCGACGGCGAGGAGGAUUUCUACUACACGGAGCUGGACGUGGACGUGGACGCGCUCACGGACGGGCUCUCCAGCCUGACUCCUGUUUCGCCCACCUCCUCGGUGCCUCCCGCCUUUCCCGGCCCCGAGGCUGCGGCUUCACCGCUGCCGCUGGCACUGCCGAUCCCCGACCUGGCACUGGCCUCCCCCUGCAGCCCCCCCGGCCCCCCCGGCCGCUGCCACGUCCACACCGACCACGCGUACCAGGGCUACCGGACCCCGCCACGGCCACCGCUGUCCCCUUCUUCACCCACCCCGCCGCCGCCCAAGCCACCCGCCGUCCCCAGGAGGCCGCGGGGCGACGCCAAGAAGUGCCGCAAGGUGUACGGCAUGGAGCACCGGGAGAUGUGGUGCACGGCGUGCCGCUGGAAGAAGGCCUGCCAGCGCUUCCUCGACUGACGGGGCCCCCUCAGCGGUUCCCUCCUUCUUGCACAUUUUGCACUCGAGGUGCCUUCGCGCCCCCCCCCCACCCCCCCCCCGGCCGCCCCCUCCGGACUCAGGGAACGGCCCCCCUCUCCCCGAAAGCUUUAUGUGCACACACACACACACAGCACCCCCUCCUCGCCCCCCAGCCAGGGAGCUUGUCCCCCUUCCCUCUUUUUUUUUCCUUCAAAAAUAAGCUAAAUCCAACCCCGCUCCUGGCCGGUGGGGGCUGGGGGGGGUGGGUGGCCGGCUGCUCCCGGCCCCCUCCCCACUCUGGUUUGGGGACCCCCCAAAUAAGCUGUGCCUGUGGCCAGUGGGGGUUCGGGAAAGGGGGUGUCUGUUCCUCCCGGGGGGGGGGCAGCCCCAGUGCCCAGGGCAGAAGUGGGCGCCUGCCCCCCCUUCCCCCUCCUUUACCCCCCCAAGGGGGUUUUUACUCUUUGUAUUGUCAUUUCUCUCUCUUGUUCCGGGGAGCAGCAGCUCCCUCCGGGGCAGAUGCCCCGGGAAGUGCCUGCAGGAAUGCGCCCAUUUGCACUAAGCCAAACUGCACAAAGAGGGGUCUUUUUGUUUUCCUUUUUUUUUUCUUUUUUUUUUUUUUUCCUUCGUGUGGUUUUUAUUUUUUAAAUAAAAUAUAUGAAAAUUCGUGAUUUUAACCACUCCCACAGCACGAGAGCGCGCGGGCCGCAGGACGCCUCAGGACCCAGCCCUGGGUGGGUUCUAAGGGAUUUAAUUCACUUUAAACCCCCUUUUUACCCCAAAAAACCCCUUUCCCUCC